AUGGCGUUUAUCACUGGCGACGGCUGGGGAUCGGUGGAUGUGACCUGCUGCAAGGAUUACCCCAGUUCCGAGGGUUGUACCAAAUGCAAGGCCCACGUCUGUAGCAGCACCAAAUCCUCCGAAAUCGGGUGUCGCCAACUCUUCGCCUUGGACUGCGAACUCCUGUUCACCACAAUGGGUCUGGAAGUGGCUCGGGUGUCUCUGGCCAACGGAUCGAGCCAGGACGACGCUCUGGUCCAGCCCGAGCACGAGAUCAUCGAAUUUAACACCCGCUUCUCCGGAGUCACCAAGGAGGACUACGUACUGUACUAG